AUGGGCGCCGGUUUCCAUAUUUUUGAUUUUUCUGAAAUUCUACUAUUCUUGGAUCCUUUGAAUCAGAAAAAUGCAUUUUCCGAUGUUUUCUUAGAAGUUGGAGGCCAACAUUUCAAAACAGUAUUGGUCGUCAAGCUCCGGAUGCCGACACAAAGUCGGACUCACGGAACCACCAGGCUGGGGCGAGUUCAAUGUGUUGUGAAUGGAUUGGCUCCAGCUGCCGCAAAGGUUGUGGCUCCAGCCCAUGGCUCCGUUGCUGGUCCUUCAGCUCAAGCCAUCGCGCCAGUUCAAGCUCAGAAAGCUGCCAAGAAAAGAGCGGGAGAAGGAGAAGAAGGAGCCUCAGCCAAGAAGAUCCACUAUCCCAACAUACACUCGAUUAUCAUUCCCUUUCAUAUGAAAUUGCAGAAACCAAUAAAUAUUUGA